AUGGUGGUGGCUAAUGGCACUAACGCCGGAGGUGGAGGCGGCGGCGCAUUGCGAUCUGUUAUUAUCAUUUUUCCCUUGCCGUCACUCGCUUCGUUUUCUUCUCCAUACUCUGCUCCUCCACAAUUUUCAAACUUUGCCAUGGAUUCUAGCUCACAUGAGCCGGAAAAUCAUCCUAAUUACCUACAGAAGGAAAACAAAAUCGAUCAAUACUUGGAUGGAUCAAAUUCAAACCCUUUCGCACGGACCCGAGAUUUGCCAAUUGAACUCAUCAAUGAAAUCCUUGUAAGCCUACCCGCCAAAUCCUUGGGAAGAUUCACUUGUGUUUCGAAAUCAUGGCUCUCUUUGAUCUCAAGCCCAGAAUUCAUCAAAGCCCAUCUCGCAAUCGCAUCUGGAAGUGAUGAUUUUGGACACCACUGCCUCAUCUUCCGUGUCUAUAAGUUUCCAAACUGUGAUCCUCACCACCGGAAGUACUCCGUUGAUUCCCUGUUCUACGGCGCGUCCUCGGAAACCGCCAGCCCUAAUGAGGUAAUUGAUGUUAAUCAUCUACUGAAUCCCAAUGCAUUAGUUUGGCCUGUGAGUUCUUGCAAUGGGCUUGUUUGUAUGAAGACUAACAAUAGUGUUUUGCUUCUGUUUAACCCUUGCACUAGAAAAUUUAAGAAAUUGCCUCAGACAGGUUUGGAAUAUAGGACUGCAGAUUUCGGGUUUGGCUAUGAUAAGUUGAAUGAGGAUUAUAAAGUUUUUGGGAUAUACCAUUUGAUUUCGAGUAGGACUGAAAUUAGAGUGUAUAGUCUGAAGAAUAAUUCGUGGCGCAAUCUUAAGAUUAGAUAUCGCGGCAUUUGCAGGGAUACUUGUCUGCAAUAUGCUUGUGGAAAUGUCUUUUGGCGCAGGAGUGAAUUUACUCAAAGUAAUGGUGUUAGGGAUAUAAUCGCUCGCUUUGAUUUGGGGAAUGAGUAUUACGACGAAAUGGACCUUCCAGACACGGAAAGCAAACCGGAUCAUCAUAAACUCGGAGCGUUAGGAGACUGCAUCUCUUUGUUUUACAUUUAUCGAAGUGAUCGCGCAGAUAUAUGGAAAAUGAAGGACUCAUGGACCAAGUUUGUUUCGAUUUCUUUGGUUGAUCAUCCUGCAAAAGAUAGUUACUUUCAUACUCAAGUAGUUUGCUCAUUGAAGAAUGGUGAAGUACUGUUUGUCUUGGGUGCAUACUUUCUGCUUUACAAUCCAAAGACUGAUACAUAUAAGAGCUAUCCGCAGACAGGUACUAUAGGAAACGUGAUGUUCUAUGUUGAGAGCUUAGUUUCGCCUAAUGUCGUCUAAGGCGAUGUAUCAAGCCAGCAGGAGAAAGUCAGGUUAUGAAAUGAUUAUGGUUUUCAUCUGAAUCUCUAUUUAUUGUUUAAACCAUUACAACUUGUGGUAGUAUUAUCAUAGAGUUAUAAAGAUUUUUCUGAUCUUUUGUAGCCCUCUCUGAGUUCCUAUAUGAUAGUUUGUUCUCAUCAUUAAUCAUUUUAGAACGGAAGUAUACAAUAUUAUAUCGUGUUAUUAGGGCAUCGAAGUGCUUAUAGAAGCCGUUUCAUGGCGAGGA